AUGAAAGGCUAUGCUAGGGCCCCCGACUCUCGAGCUCUGGUCCACAAAGGCCGUGCGUGGUCUCGUCACAGCACUUGCCUCUGCCUCCACUCGAGUCAACCCCUUCAUCCUCUCUCUCUUCGCCGCUUCAAUCGGGCCGCGACGGCGAAAAGUACGAGCCCCAUGUUGUCAACCGUCGAGUACUGGCUGGUCCGCCACCCAGCAAUCCACAACUUCCGGUGGGAGCAAGGCCAGACCUCCGCCUCCUCCCCUCUCUUCCUCGCCCUCGCCGUCCUCUCCUACCUCUCCCUCACCCUCCUCCUCUCCCGCCUCCUCCCGCCGCCCACCCUCGCUUCCCACCUCCUCAAGCCCAUCACCGCCCUCCACAACCUCGCCCUCACCCUCCUCUCCCUCGCCAUGGCGGUCGGAUGCGCCCUCUCCGCCGCCUCCCAAAUGCCCGACCCCCGCUGGAUCUUCUGCUUCCCGGCUAAUACCCAGCCGGCCGGGCCCACCUUCUUCUGGGCCUACGUGUUCUACCUCUCCAAGAUGCUCGAGUUCGUGGACACGUUGCUGAUAAUACUGUCAGGGUCGAUCCAGCGGCUGACGUUCCUCCACGUGUACCACCACUCGACGGUGGUGGUGAUGUGCUACCUGUGGCUGCAGACGGCGCAGUCGCUGUUCCCGGUGGCCCUGGUGACAAACGCGACGGUGCACGUGGUGAUGUACAGCUACUACCUGCUGUGCGCGGUGGGGGUGCGUCCCAAGUGGAAGAGGCUGGUCACGAAUGGCCAGAUCGUGCAGUUCGUGUUCAGCUUCGCGGUGUCCGUCGUGAUGCUGUGGUACCAUUUCGGGGGAUCGGAUUCGGGUUGCUCCGGGAUCUGGGGAUGGUGCUUCAAUGCGGUGUUCAACGCCUCGCUCCUGGCCCUCUUCGUGGAUUUCCACGUCAAGAACUACGACGGCGCCGGGAAGAGGAAGCGGAUGUGAAUCGCGGUGACGUGGCUUCGCAGUGCCCGCAAGUUUCCGUUGCAGUUUUGAGGAAUGGGUUCCUUCCUUUUCUGCUGGAAUUCUCUCAAUUGGCAAGUUGCUGAUGAUUUUGAUUUGGUUGUAGUUGCUAUUUUCCUUUGGUUUUUUUACUCAUUUUCUCCCCCUGUAAGCCUUGCUGCGAUUUUGGAACUGGAUUGGGCGGAUUGGCUGGUCUUGUGGAAUCCUUCCGAGGAAAACGAUUGGCUCUCCCGGUAAUAGAAAAUCCGAAAUACUUCCGAAA